GUAGAGAACAGUUGAGAGCAGAUGUCAAACAAACAGGACGUACUGCAGGCUUUAAGCUUUCUUUUCGACUUUGAAGACUUUGAAGGUCUAAACCUGUACGGACUGUUGCUGCAGCAGCAUGCGCUGAGGCUGAAGUCUUGGAAGCCUAUGAGGAUGAAGUUGGAGAGCCUUCAAGGCAAAGUGUAACAGGUCUGGCUCCCUAUUCCUCACAGCAACGCACUAGGGAAUAUGUGCAACAACAUUCUGUGGAUCAUGGUCAGCAACAACUCCGGCGGCAUCCAAUACAAAAAGCCCUUCAUUCACCAGAGCGCCAGCAGUACAUGGACCACGGUGAUUACGUCUUAUCGCCAAAGUGCCAGCAAUACAUGGACAACGGUGAUAUGGAAAUACACGGUAUGGAUGUAAGCAGUUGUUCAGAAAAAAGCAACUCUUUUCAUUUUUUGCACAAAUGGCAAGACGAACGCCAGAGCAGACCCACCACCCACAGCCGACAACGCCGUGGAAGUCCUGUGAAAUUCCCUCAAGAAAGAUAUUUCACACACCAACUUCACUUCGCACGCCACCGAGACCAGCAGCCUAGCCACCAAGGUGCAUUUAACUACAUGCCCCCAUGUGAUCAAUCAAACUUAGAACAAUACCUCAUUCGCAAAGAAAUAAUUAGCACUGGUCUCCUGAUGUUUGAUGAUAGACCUGAGAACUACUGGGCAUGGAAGGCUUCCUUUAUCAAUGCCACUGGCAGCUUGAACCUCACCUACAGCCAGGAGUUAGAUUUAAUGUCCAAGUGGCUGGGACCAAAGUCUGCAGAGUUGGCCAAACAAAUCUGUUCAGCCCACAUCCAUGAAGCUAAAGAAGGACUCUUUAUGUUGUGGAAGAGGCUGGAGGAAUGCUAUGGGUCAGCUGAAAUCAUUGAAGAUGAUAUGUUGAAGAGGUUAGAGGAAUUUCCAAGGAUUGCAAAUAAGGACAACCAAAAAUUACAGGAACUAGGAGAUCUAUUGCUAGAGCUGGAAGCAGCAAGAAGAGAUGGAUUCCUACCUGGACUUUCUUACCUCAACACUCCCCGGGGAGUCACUCCUAUAGCGCAGAAGCUCCCGAUAUACCUUCAGGAGAAGUGGAUCUCAGUUGGCUCGAAAUAUAAGGACGACUUUCAAGUUCGAUAUCCUCCUUUUCACGUCUUUGUACAGUUUAUUCAAGACCAAGCAAAGAUACGAAAUGACCCCAGCUUUUCUGAGCUUGGUGGUGGUUCAAACAGGACAGAUAAACUACAGAAAGAAAUCAAACAAUCUGUGUUCACCAGGAAAACUGAUGUGUCCAAAGCAGAUGCAGGCAAGCAAAACAAGGAGGAGAAAAGGGUUGAAGAUCCAGACAGAGUGUGUCCUUUACAUAAUAAGCCCCAUCCCCUAAGAAAAUGUUAUGGCUUCCGCAACAAGAGUUUAGAGGAGCGGAUAGCCUACCUCAAAGAGAAACACAUCUGUUUCAAGUGUUGCGCCUCAACAAGACACUUUGCCAAGGACUGUGAUAAAACUGUGCAGUGCAAAGAGUGUGACAGUAGUAGGCAGAGGUGGGACCAAGUCAUUGUUUUGCAAGUCACAAGUAAGUCUCAAGUCUUUGCCCUCAAGUCUCGAGUCAAGUCCCGAGUCAAGACAGGCAAGUCCCAAGUCAAGUCCAAAGUCAAGACUGGAAAGUCUCAAGUCAAGUCCCAAGUCCAGCAUUUUAAGUUUCGAGUCCUUUCAAGUCCUUUUAACCACAGACUAAUAUAUUUACACAGAUUGUGUAUGCUUUUAAAACGCUGUAUUUAUUUAUUAAAACAAGUGCAUUUAAAAUUGCAGGGACUGUAUAUCACUUGCAGACUGUAUUGAUAUAUAUUGAUAUAUAAUGUAGGAACCAAAAAUAUUAAUAACAGAAAGAAACAACCCCAUUUGUGCGAAUGAGUGUAAAUGGGGGAGGGCGGUUUUUUGGGUUGGUGCACUAAUUGUAAGUGUAUCUUGUGUUUUUUAUGUUGAUUUAAUUUUAAAAAAAAAUAGUAAUAAUAAUUUUUUGUAUUUUUUUAUUUCUUGUGCGGCCAAUCGAUCCACGGACCGGUACCGGACCGCGGCCCGGUGGUUGGGGACCACUGUGUUAAAGUAUUUGGCAGAAGCUUUUAUCCAAAGCGACAUACAUAAAAAAUACAUAUAAAACAAUCACUGUAAACAUGAUCAUUUAAGGGAAGAAUGUAAUACAAAAUAUCAAUACAAAGUGUCAAGACAGAAUAAACUCUCUGCUGCUGCAGCAACAGAGAUACAGUCUAUAGGUCCCUAAGAUAUAUAGAUAUCUAUACAUUGUUUAUGUAGAAUAUACGCAUGUUUAUAUAACCUAAUCAUAUUGUUUCUUGAAUUUAAAAAUAGAUGACCGUUUUUCCCGCAUCUCUGGGAUUAUACUCCCAGUUUUGAUCUCGGACGUCUGGUCAUUUAUAGCAUAUAAGAAUAUUUUAUUACUGUUAAACAAACUAUUAAUAAUAAAACACCCCAAAACAUGUGUCCUUUAUCAUAGCUACACGUAUGACAAAAAAGCGCGUGAAAAUGACUGGUAUUCAGUGAGGUAAAAUUAAUUAAAUGCGCUGACAGUUCAUUGCUCCUGCCAAAUGAAUUGCACUGAGUGGAGCGGAUCACCACUUCCAAGAUGGUAGCCCGCGUCUCGUCUGCGCCAGUAGGCAGUAGCGCUCCAUGCUGCGUCUACUUAUAAGAUGUCUAUGGUUAUAGUGUUAGCAGUGAGUUUACAGCCUCACUGAUUUAACAACACAGCAAAUAAAAGUCACGUUACUUAGCCAAUAAACGUUAGCUUACAUUCAAAACUUACCGUUCUGUUUGCAACUUCAAAUGUCGAACGAAGUUGGAAGUUGUUGCAAUUCGUUUUUUGUUGACCAAGUCGUAGUUUUAAUACCCGAACGAAACUAUCUUUGACGUAAUUUUUCCUCACUGGCGCGUUGUUUGAGAGCUAUUCUUCGUUGGUUGUUCUGCAAUUUGAUUGGAUGAAUGCCGUGGGAUGAAAACAAUGUGGAUCUAAUUUGAUUGGCUGUUGUACUGACAGACACACACGCUGAGAGAGCGCACACUCCCUGACAGACACACACACCGACACACGUACACUUUGGAAGAUACGGAGCGCUCCCGAAUAACUUUUUAAUCGUUGGGUUUUGGGGAAAGUAGCAAGUCAUGUCAAGUCAAAAGGCUCAAGUCCAAGUGAAGUCACAAGUCAUUGAUGUUAAAGUCCAAGUCGAGUUGCAAGUCUCUUUACAUUUUGUCAAGUCGAGUCUAAAGUCAUCAAAUUCAUGACUCGAGUCUGACUCGAGUCCAAGUCAUGUGACUCGAGUCCACACCUCUGGUAGUAGGCACCCAACUGCUUUACACCCUGGCCCAGCAGUAAGAAAACCAGAGAGCUCUGCUGUCAUCAAAGAUCAAGGCGGGGAGCGAGAAGAGAAAGAGCCUCCAGAGGUCAAGUCAAAAUGCACGGAGGUGUGCGGGAAGGCAGUUGGCGCCCGAUCAUGCUCCAAAAUAUGCUUGGUCCGUGUAUACCCUGCAAGUCAACGAGAGAAAGCUGUUAAAGCAUAUGCUGUCCUCGAUGAGCAGAGUAACAGGUCGCUGGCCAAGAGUGAGCUAUUUGACCUGUUUGGCAUUGGAUCAGGUGCCACUCCUUACACCCUUAAAACAUGUGCAGGGGUUAUGGAAACAUCAGGAAGACGCGCAAAUAAUCUUAUUGUAGAGUCAAUAGAUGGCAGUGUACAGACCCCACUGCCAACAUUAAUUGAGUGUGAUAUGAUGCCCGAUGACCGUGCAGAGAUCCCGUCAGCAGAAAUAGCACAUCAUUAUCCGCACCUCAAGCCAGUGGUAGAUAAAAUACCAGCUAUUGAUCCUGACGCAGAUAUUGUCAUGCUUCUCGGCAGAGACAUCCUACGUGUACACAAAGUACGUAGACAGUACAAUGGACCCAACAAUGCACCAUAUGCUCAGAAAUUGGACCUCGGCUGGGUCAUUGUCGGAGACGUAUGUCUAAAGGGAGUCCACAAGCCAAGCAGCAUUAAUGUCUAUAGGACCAAUGUCCUACCUAAUGGACGGACGUCGUUCCUGAGUCCAUGUACAAGUGUUAUUCAUGUGAAAGAAAAGUUUGACAAGAACACACCAAGGUCACGUAAAGAGACAGGUCUCCUGGAAGAUGACACUGAUGAACUUGGAAGCAACAUAUUUGAGAGGACAAAGGAGGAUGAAAAAAUAGCAUGGUCUAUUGAUGACAAAGCCUUCCUUGAGAUCAUGGACAACAAUGUCUACAUGAAUGAUGCUAACACCUGGGUAGCACCCUUACCAUUCCGUUUCCCAAGACAACGUCUGCCGAACAAUAGAGAGCAAGCGGAAAAACGACUGUCAUCUCUAUGUCGCACACUGGAAAGAAAGCCAGUUAUGAAAGAACAAUACACAAGAGUUCAUGCAGAAAAUCUUUGAGUCAGGACAAGCAGAGCUAGCUCCACCAUUGAAGGAGAAGCAAGAGUGCUGGUACUUACCAACCUUUGGUGUCUAUCACCCUCAAAAGCUGGAUCAAAUACGCGUGGUGUUUGAUUCUAGUGCUAAACACGGAGGCAUUUCCCUCAACGAUGCCCUCUUGAAAGGACCAGACCUGAAUAAUACCCUUCUUGGAGUCCUUAUUCGCUUCCGCAGAGAGCCGGUUGCAGUGUCCACCGACAUACAGCAGAUGUUUUACUGUUUCACAGUCUGGAAAGAACACAGUGACUUUCUAAGAUUCUUGUGGUUCGAAGACAACGACUUCACAAAACCAGUGACUGAAUACCGAAUGACGGUGCAUGUGUUCGGUAACAGCCCUUCGCCAGCUGUGGCCAUUUAUGGCUUGAGAAGGGCAGCUGAAGAGGGAGAGAGAGAACAUGGUACAGAUGCCAAGCAGUUCAUAAUGAGGAACUUCUAUGUAGAUGAUGGGCUUGCAUCAUUAUCCAAUGCUGAGGAAACCAUCACCGUACUGUCAAAUGCAAGGGAGAUGUUGGCAGAGUCAAGCAUCAGGCUACAUAAGAUAGCAUCUAACAGCAACACUGUUUUGGAUGCUUUCCCCCCAGAAGACCUUGCCAAAGGCCUUAAGGAUCUCGACCUGACAUCUGAUCCACUACCACUCCAACGCAGUUUAGGCCUCAGAUGGGACCUUCAAACAGACAGUUUCUCCUUCUGUGUGUCUGACAAAGAAAAGCCAUUUACAAGAAGGGGAAUCCUUUCAGUGGUCAACAGUCUCUAUGAUCCCUUGGGGUUCGUGGCACCUGUCACAGUUCAGGGCAAGGCUCUCGUGAGAGAUGUCUCCACAGAAGAGUAUGAUUGGGACACUCCGCUACCAGAAGACAAAGCAACCCAGUGGAAUGACUGGAAAGAUUCCCUGAAGGAACUUAUGCAGCUCCAGAUCCAGAGAACCUACAUCUCUGUUUCUCUGCUCGCCACAGUAUACAGAGAGAUUUGUGUGUUCUCAGAUGCAUCAACUAUGGCUAUAUCAGCUGUAGCAUACCUCAGGGCAAUCGAUACAGAAGGACACAGCCAUGUCGGGUUUAUCAUGGGGAAAUCCAAGCUGGCUCCACGUCCUGCUCACACUGUCCCUCGUUUGGAAUUGUGUGCAGACGUCUUGGCAGUGGAAAUUGCAGAGACGAUUAUGAAUGACAUCGAUGUAGAGAUUCACAAAGUCAAGUUCUACAGACAGCAAGAUCGUACUGGGCUACAUACAUAAUGCGUCCAUAAACUUCUAUGUCUAUGUGGCAAACAGAGUGACAAGAAUAAGAAGGUCCUCUACCCCAGAGCAAUGGCACUACAUCAACACCAAACUUAAUCCUGCAGAUCACGGAUCUAGGUCUGUCUCAGCGGCUCUCCUACCAGAUACCAACUGGCUGACAGGUGCAGCUUUUCUAAGAAAUCCAGAAGUAGAUGAAGUUCCACAGCCAGAGGCAUUUAACCUUCUGCAUCCUGAGACUGAUGUAGAAGUUCGCCCUCAAGUUUCAACCUAUGCUACGAAAGCCACAAGUGGACUUAUUGGCUCUCACCGGUUUGAAAGAUUCUCCAGCUGGAAAUCUCUUACUCGAGCAAUAGCCAAGCUUGUCCAAAAGGCUAGAGUCUUCUGGAAAACUUCAGACGGUACCCAGAGAAAAGAUGAACUCCGUCAAGCAAGACUGGUCAUAUUGAAAACAACACAACAAGAUGUGUACAAAGAGGAAAUUAAAAGCCUAGCAAAGGGUGAAGAGUUGUCUCGACACAGUCCGCUCAAGAGUUUGGAUCCCAUCUUUGACGAUGAAGGAUUGCUGAGAGUCGGAGGUCGGAAUUCAGCAGCAGACUUGACCUGGGAAGAAAAGCAUCCGAUCAUUCUUCCAAAAGACAAUCACAUAUCUACCUUGUUGGUACGAUACUACCACGAACAAGUGGCCCAUCAAGGCAGACACUUCACUGAAGGCGCAGUUCGGACAGCUGGACUGUGGAUAACAGGAAGUAAGAGACUUGUGUCAAGUGUGAUAAACAAAUGUGUCACCUGCAAAAGAAUGAGAGGAAAGCUCGAAGAACAGAAAAUGUCUAACUUACCUGCGGAUAGACUUACCUUGAAUCCUCCUUUCACGAACGUAGGACUGGACGUCUUUGGGCUUUGGACCAUCUCAGCGCGCAGGACAAGAGGUGGAUAUGCAGAGAAUAAACGCUGGGCAGUCAUGUUCACCUGUCUAAAUACACGAGCGGUACACAUCGAGCUCAUAGAGACAAUGUCAACCUCCAGUUUCAUUAAUGCCUUAAGGAGAUUCACCACCAUCAGAGGGCCUGUGAGACUCCUGCGUUCCGAUCAAGGCACAAACUUUAUUGGAGAUUGCAGAGAACUGCAAAUAAACUCUGAAGACCCGGAGUUGAAAGCUCACUUGCAGGACAAAGGCUGUACCUAGAUAUUCAAUCCGCCACAUUCCUCUCAUAUGGGAGGUGUGUGGGAAAGGAUGAUCGGCAUUGCACGCCGCAUUUUGGAUGCUAUGUUGCUUAAGGACAACUGUCGCCUCUCCCACGAGGUACUUGUGACACUCAUGAGUGAAAUCAUGGCAAUCAUGAAUGCAAGGCCUCUAGUUCCAGUAUCGUCUGAUCCUAACAUGCCAGCAGUUCUCACGCCCGCAAUGUUGCUUACUCAAAAGACUGAUCCAGUAUCUGCUCCUCUAGGGAACAUGGAUCUGAAAGAUCUCUAUAACAAGCAAUGAAGGCAAGUUCAAAGUCUAGCCGAAACUUUCUGGAAACGUUGGAGACAAGAGUACUUGGCGACCCUUCAGCCACGCAGGAAGUGGAAGUCAGAAAGACCAAACUUGCAAGUAGGCGAUGUGGUACUCCUCAAAGACACUCAAGUAAAGAGGAAUGAGUGGCCCACCGGCAUCAUUGAGGAAACCUUCCCCAGCCGUGACGGAAUGAUUCGAAAAGUGAAUGUGAAGAUCAUCAAACAGGGUACCCCUAAGGUUUAUUCCAGACCCGUUUCAGAGGUCGUACUGCUCCUCAGUAAAAAGACAUAGUGGUAUCUUAAAAUACCAGACGGGGAGUGUUAUGCCCCACAAUGUUAUUUUCUAAGACACCUAGUGGUGGAAAUCAGUUUUGCAGUUUGUGUUCUAUUUUGACCCUCCUUUUUUGCCGUAGUCAGCUUAGUGAGGGUGUGUUUCAGAGAGCAGUAGAGAACAGUUGAGAGCAGAUGUCAAACAAACAGGACGUACUGCAGGCUUUAAGCUUUCUUUUUGACUUUGAAGACUUUGAAGGUCUAAACCUGUAAGUUUAUAUGAAUGUAACAUGCAUAUGUAUAUUGUGACACAUUAUUUGUGCAUUUUUAGUUUAAGACUGCUUUAGUAAGAUAUUUGUGCCCGUUGUUGAAAGCUAAUUACUGGCAGCAUUUUGUUGGUUUGGAUGAUACGUAAACAUGUAUGUUGUAUAUAGACGUAUGCUGAAUGUAAAAUGUUUGUUUAUGUGUUUUUGUUCAGUUUUACAAAAUAUACGAUUGA